AUGGUAACAUCUUUCUUCUUUUCUUUCCUUCUUUCUACCCCUUUGUUCUCCUCUUCUCCUGAUCAUCUGCCCAUACGGCUUCUUUCUCCAUUUCAUAACUCAUUCAUUUUCUUCUUCCAUUUUCUUUUUCUGCUUUUCCUUCUCUUCCUUCUUUCUUUCUACCUCCUCUUUCUCUUCUUUCAUUUUUCUUUUCUCUUUCUUCUUCUUCCUUCUUUUUUCUUUUCCUUUCUCCCUUCUUUCUUUAUAUACCUUUGUUCUUCUCUUUUCUCGAUGCACUAUUCAUAUGUCUUCUUUCUUCACUUCAUUGUUCCUCCUCCUUCAUUUUCCUUUUCUCGUUCUUUUCUCUUCUUUUCUAUUCUUUCUUCUUUCUUUCUACCUCUUUGUUCUCUUCUUCUCCCAGUGCACUAUUCAUAUGUCUUCUUUCUUCAUUUCAUGACACCUCUUUCUCCUUCCUUCUUUUUCUUUUCUCUUUUUUCCUUCUUUUUCUUCUUUUCUUUCUUCCUCAUUUCGCUUCAUUCUUUCUAUCUAUUUGUUGUUCUCUUCUCUUCUCCUAAUGCACUAUUCAUAUGCCAUCUCUCUUCAUUUCAUUGCUCCUACUCAUCCUCUUUCAUUUUCCCUUUCUCGUUCUUUUCUCUUCUCUUCCUUCCUUCUUUCUUCCUCUUUGUCCUCUUCUCUUCUCCCGAUGCACUAUUCAUAUGUCUUAUUUUCACAUUUCAUAGUUCCUCCUUUUUCCUUCAUUUUCUUUUCUGCUCUUUUUUUUUUUCUUUUCGCUUUCCAUCUUUUAUGCUUUUUAUUUUCUCUAUUUUUCUUCUUUUGCCUCAUGAACUACUUUCCUCUUUCUAG